AUGUUCUUAGCACACCAUUACCAACAAAACCUUACCAACUGCAACCUAUACAUCUUCAACAUGUCUUCAAUCAUGGAUAACAACAAGAUUACCCUCUAUGACCUCGCUCAGCGUGGUGAAACCAACCGAUGCUGGUCUUAUAACGUCUGGAAGAUUCGACUCGUCCUCAACUACAAGAAAAUUCCUUUCACUACGGCCUGGGUUGAUCACAAUACCCUGGGACCCACACUAAAGUCCCUCGGCGUUCCCCCCAAUACCACCGGAGGGUUUGAGUUCACCGUGCCCACCAUCAAACUUCCGGAUGGGUUAAUGGUCACGGACUCUGCGGUGAUCGCCUCGAGGCUUGAGGGUAUAUACCCUUCUCCAGCUUUGCACCUCGAUCUCGAACUACAGGCUCAGGUAGACCGCGUGGUCCACAUGACUUGCAUGCCUCUCUUCGCCAUCUACAUGCCCCAGGUGGCUCGCGAGCUCAUUGACAAGGCGACUGUCCCAGCCUUUUCCAAGUCGCGCGAGAAGCGCUUUGGAAUGACUCUUGAAGAGCUCGAAACCUCAAAGGGAGCAGAGAAAGCUUGGGUCGCGGCUGAAUCUGGUUUCGCUGCCAUGAAGGAAAUCCUGACUAGCCACAAGAAAGACGAGGGUCCUUUCAUUCGGGGCUCUCAGGUCUGCUAUGCGGACUUUGCUCUGGUCGCGGUGUUUGAAGCCUUCAAGCGCGUCGGGAAUGGCAUGUUUGAGAGAGCGCUUGAGUGGGACACGGCUUUCAGCGACUUGUACCGAGCAUCUCAAGCUUGGCUCCAGAAUGACAUGUAG